AUGACCGACGAAUUACAGACCUCAUGGAUCCUGUCACGGAAUUCCGAGCUGACAGCAGAGCAGGAGCAGCAGGUGAAUGACAAGCUGGAGGCCCUGGGUCUGCCGAGGAGCCGCUACACAGACACCCCACAGGAUCCACAACAGUGCGGUGUUGCAGUCAACCAAUGCGACAAGCCUGCAGUCUCCCAGUUUAACGCCUCUGAGUACCUGGGCGUGUGGUACGAGAUCGCCAGGUUCGGACUGGCUCCCUUCGAGGCAGGAGCCCAGUGUGUCACGGCGGAGUACUCACUGGCUGGAGACAACAACGUGACCGUACACAACAGGAUGUACAACACGUCUGCAGGAGCCUUCAACGACAUCAUCGGCUGGGCCGAAUUUGAUGACCCUAAUUCUGGAGAGGCCAAACUCACAGUGCACUUCCCAGACGUACCAGUGGAAGCACCCUACUGGGUCCUGGACACAGACUACAAGAGCUACUCAAUCGUCUGGGCGUGCAGAGAGCCUACAGACGAAACCUCUAACAUUACCGAGACCUCGUGGGUGCUCUCACGGACAAGCGAGAUGUCCGGGGAGCUGGUGCAGCAGGUGAACGCCAAGCUGGAGGAACUGGGCCUGCCCCGCGACAGGUACACAGACACGCCUCAGGACCCUGCGGGCUGCAAAGUCGACAAUGGCAGCAACGGCGACGGUGGCGCUGCUGCGCUGGGGCCUGCGAUCGCACUCAUGUUGGCCGCCGCCAUCGCACUGCUCUUCUCCCUGUGA